AUGGUCCAUGCCAUCACUGCCACUCAAAAGAUUGUGGAAAGUUGUGUCAUGAUGGCCAUGAGUUCGCUGAGUUGGAACAUUAUCCCUGCAUCCAGUGGUGCUGCCAAGGCUGUGGGCAAGGUCAUCCCAGAGCUGUAUGGGAAGAUCUCUGGCAUGACCUUCCAUGUUCCUACCCCCAAUGUAUCCCUUGUGGAUCUGACAUGCUGCCUAGAGAAACCUGCCAAAUAUGAUGACAUCAAGAAGGUGGUGAAGCUGGUAUCUGAGAACCCACUAAAGGGCAUCCUGAGCUACACUGAGGAACAGAAAGCUUUAUGCUCAUACCUUGAAGAAGAACAUCAGAAAAUUAGCCGAAUCACUUCCAUGUGUUUUUGUCCAGGUAGCAAAUACCAGCAAUGA